AUAUUAAUAAACACUCAUUCAAACAUAACAUCGGUUGUACCAAGAAAUGUUUAAACAAAUUGUCAUUUUCCCCACCACUUUCAUAAGCGAUCUGAUUCUAUCGUCAACAAAUUCGUGAGCCGUAGUUCAGUGCUAGUUUCGCCACGAAAAUGACGUGGUCACUGAAAAUCAUCAUCCCUCUGGCCUUUGUGGCCUUAGCCGCCCACGUUGAAGCAGACAACAAAGUUGUUUGUUAUUAUUCCAAUAAGUCCUUCUUCAGACAAGGACAAGGUAAAUUCGACAUUCCCUUCUUGGAGCCAGCUCUUCAAUUUUGCACCCAUUUGGUCUACGGGUAUGCCGGUAUCAAUGAAGCCAGCCACAAACUGUUGCCUCUUAAUGAAAACUUUGAUGUUACCAAAGGAAACUAUCAACACAUUACCGAGUUGAAGAGGCGUUUUCCUGGACUUAGGGUCCUUUUGUCCGUAGGGGGUGGGGAGGAUGUUUCUGGUGAAGGCAGUGAGAAGAACAUGAAGUACAGAACUUUGUUGGAAUCUGUUGAAAACCGCCUUGCAUUCAUAAACUCCGCCCAUGCCUUGAUCAAACAAUACGGCUUCGAUGGUAUAGAUUUGGCAUGGGAGUUCCCAGAAACUAAACCAAAGAAAAUCCAUGGAAAAGUUUCUGGAUUCUUCAUCAACUUGAAGCACAAAAUCGUCGGCGAAUCCGUAAUGGAUGAGAAGGCUGAAGAACACAAGGAACAAUUCACUGCUUUAGUGCGUGAAAUCAGGAACAACUUCAGACAUGACGGUCUUAUGGUUACUUUGUCUGUGUUGCCCAAUGUCAACAGCACUGUAUACAUGGACCCCCGUCAAUUGGCUCCAAACGUAGACUUCGUAACAAUCCAAGCUUUCGAUUUCUUCACCCCCACUCGUAACCCUAAAGAAGCCGACUUCCCAGCCCCUCUUUACGAGUUAAUCGACAGAAAAACCGACGAAAACGGUGACUGGCAAAUCAGACACUGGUUAUCCAACGGAUUCCCCAACAACAAAAUUAUCCUGGGUAUCCCGGCUCAUGGUCGCGCCUGGAAGUUGACUGAAGACUCCGGCCUUACGGGUGUACCCCCCCUCACCAUCGAUGGGCCAGCUGAGGCCGGCCCUUACACCGGCGAGCCCGGUUUGUUGAGUUACCCUGAGGUGUGCGCCAAAAUCGCUAACCCGCAACAACUCAAAGCUGGCGCUGGAACUCACUUGAGAAAGGUUGGAGAUCCAACCAAAAGAUACGGUACCUAUGCUUAUAAACUUCCCGACAAAAACGAAGAAGGCGGUAUCUGGGUAGGCUACGAGGACCCAGACACAGCAGGAAACAAAGCAGGCUACGCCAAAGCCAAAGGUUUGGGAGGUCUCGCCAUUAUCGACAUCACCAUGGACGAUUUUCGUGGACUUUGCAACGGCGAUAAAUAUCCCAUUUUGAGAGCUGCCAAGUACAGGCUUUAAAUUUUUAAUUAUGUGUUUUAUGUGAAUGAGAUUUAUUUAUGUUUUAUUUAAUAAACGGCGUUUUAAAUAGGUUU